AUGUCCUGGCAAGAAUACGUUGACACCAGCCUCGUCGGCACCGGCAACAUCGACAAGGCCCUCAUCUGCGACGUCGAGGGCGCAACUGCCUGGGCCGCAUCCGCCGACUUCUCGCUGUCCGCUGAGGAGAGGGCUGCCAUCGCCAGGUCUUUCGGCGACAAGUCAGAGCCCAAGAAGGUCAUCUCGGAGGGUGUCAAGGUCAAUGGCGUAAAAUACAUGACCAUCGAGGCAAGCGAUGACUCGCUCAAGGCAAAGAAGGGCAAAGAGGGCGUUGUCGCCUUCAAGACCACCCAAGCCGUCAUCAUCGCCCACCACCCCGACACCAUUCAGACCCCCAACGCCUUCAACUCAGUAGUUGAGCUCGGCGAGUACCUGAAGAAGCACGGAAUGUAA